GCAGCCUCUUCCUCAAGUUUCCUAUAUAUAUAUAUAUAUAUAUAUGUAACUAAGCAAGAACACUUUCAUAGCCAAUUAAAUUCAAAGCAAUAGUGCAACAUUAACCAAAUUCUCUCUAAAAAAUGGCAAGUUAUUAUUAUAGAUUUUCAAAAGCUUUGAUUAUGCUAUGUUUAACUUGCAUAGUGUUGAUCACACAGGCACAAUCACAAACAUGGUCAUUACUCCAAGCACCAAAAGAAAUAACCCUUAAGCUCAUUCGUGACCCCGUGACCCUUUCACUAGCCUCAAUUGAUUAUGGCCACAUAGUUCAUGACAACCCUUUUGCAAUAUUUGCCCCAUCUUCCAUUAGUGACAUCUCACUCUUGAUAAAUUUCUCAAAUUCUCUGGCCAUCCCUAUCACCAUAGCUCCUAGAGGGCAAGCCCACUCGGUUCAUGGACAAGCCAUGACAAAUCAUGGGGUUGUGGUGAACAUGACUGAGUUGAAUGGCUUUAGAAAUGGUGAUGGGAUUGUAGUAGUGGUUGAUGACACAACUAUUGGUCCAUAUGCAGAUGUGGGUGGUGAACAAAUUUGGAUUGAUGUGUUGCAUGCAACACUCGAGCGUGGACUCACACCCCUCUCUUGGACAGAUUACUUGUACUUAUCGGUUGGUGGAACUCUCUCCAAUGCUGGGAUAAGUGGCCAAACCUUCAGGUUUGGUCCUCAGAUUUCCAAUGUUCAUCAAUUGGAUGUUGUUACGGGGAAAGGAGACCUAGUGACGUGUUCUGCGGAGAACAACUCGGAGUUAUUUUACGCCGUUCUAGGAGGUUUAGGCCAAUUUGGAAUUAUAACCAGGGCAAGAAUAGCUCUUGGGCCAGCACCAACGAGGGUGAAGUGGCUCCGUUUGCUUUACAACGAUUUCUCUGCAUUUUCUGGAGACCAAGAACACUUAAUCUCUUUCAAUGGAAUAAACGAGACUAAUGCAGCUGAUUAUGUAGAAGGUUUUCUUUUGCAAAAUCAGCCACCACUGGACCUUUCCUUUUAUCCAGAACCUGAUCAACCUCGCAUAACUUCCCUUGUAACCCAAUACGGCAUCAUCUACGUCAUAGAACUUGUCAAAUAUUACGACAAUAGUACUCAAGAACACGUUGAUGAGGAUGUGAAACUUUUGGUCGAGAGAUUAAAGUUUUUUCCUACGUUUAUGUUUGAAAAAGAUGUGUCGUACGAAGAGUUCCUAAACAGGGUUCAUGCUGACGAGCUUUUCCUAAGGUCACAAGGGCUUUGGGAUGUUCCUCAUCCUUGGUUAAACCUCUUUGUUCCAGCAUCUCGAAUCUCGGAUUUCGAUGAAGGUGUGUUCAAGGGCAUUAUUCUCCAGCAAAAUAUCACUGCAGGACUUGUGAUAAUCUAUCCCAUGAACCGAACCAAGUGGGAUGAUAACAUGUCAGCAGUUACACCUCAUGAUGAUGUUUUCUACGUGGUGUCAUUUCUUCGUUCAACUGUGUUUGAUAAGUUGGAGGAAUUUAAGGCUCAAAACCGACAAAUAUUACAGUUCUGUGCGAAUGCUGGUAUGGGGAUAAAGCAAUAUCUUCCCCAAAACAAAACUCGGGAAAAAUGGGAGGAGCAGUUUGGGCCCAAAUGGAAAACUUUCAAACAAAGAAAAGCUCAAUUUGAUCCCAACAGAAUAUUGUCACCUGGACAGGGGAUUUUCAAUUAAAUGUAAAAUAAUCUAUGAUUCAAUUUUCCAUCUUUAAUUUUAUAGUAUACUACGUCUAAUUUGUUGUACAGGUGUUAAUAAAGCAGUUUACUAGGUAAUAUAUGCAUUUUUUGUCACGAAUAUUUGUAUGUCUGUAUACGGCUUAACAUGAGUUACGUAGCUCGUAACUAGCUCAAAACUUCAUAGAUGUGUAGUAAAUAAAAAUGUUAUAUAUAAUACAUGUCACUGUAUAUUUGGUUUGCUGAA